CACCGUUAAAAUUAAAUCUCAUGGGCCAGCUAUCAACAAAGAACCGCCAUUCAGUAUCCUGUUCGCAUGGAUAGGAUCGUUGGUGGCAAGUACAAGCUCGGCCGAAAAAUCGGUAGUGGCUCAUUCGGCGAAAUUUACCUCGCUACGCAUGUUGAUACGUUUGAGAUCGUCGCUGUUAAAAUUAUAAUCCCUUACCAGCAAUCAUUGUUAUUAUUAAUUUUCCAGGAAAAUAAUAAAACAAAGCACCCGCAACUGCUUUACGAGGCCAAGUUAUACAAUAUUCUUCAAGGAGGAAGUGGGAUUCCGAACAUCAAAUGGUCUGGCACAGAUGGAGAGGACAAUGCACUUGUCAUUGAUUUGCUAGGACCAAGUCUUGAGGAUUUGUUUAUGUACUGUAGUAGAAAAUUUUCACUAAAGACUGUCUUAAUGUUGGCUGAUCAAAUGAUUACCAGAAUAGAAUAUGUGCACUCUAAGGGAUUUUUGCAUAGAGACAUAAAACCUGAUAACUUCCUCAUGGGUCUUGGUCGUAAAGCAAAUCAGGUUUACAUGAUUGACUUUGGACUUGCAAAGAGAUAUCGCGAUGCUACAACCAACCGGCAUAUACCUUACAGGGAAAAUAAAAACUUAACAGGGACUGCACGAUAUGCAAGUUGCAAUACACAUCUUGGGAUUGAGCAAAGUCGGCGGGAUGAUUUGGAGUCUCUUGGUUAUGUGCUUUUAUAUUUCCUCAGAGGAAGCCUUCCAUGGCAGGGGCUAAAAGCUGCAACAAAAAAGCAGAAAUAUGACAAAAUAUGUGAGAAGAAGUUAUCAACUCCUAUUGAGGUUUUGUGCAAAUCUCACCCCGUCGAGUUUGCAUCAUAUAUCCAUUACUGCCAUUCUUUAACGUUUGAUCAGCGGCCUGAUUAUGGGUUCUUAAAACGUCUGUUUCGUGACUUGUUUGCUCGUGAAGGAUAUGAAUUUGAUUAUAUAUUUGAUUGGACCAUCAUAAAGUUCCAGCAGGCACAGAAAAGUAGAAGUCAGCCUCGAUUAUCUCCGGUUCCUGGGGGGAGCAGCAGUCGUGCAAUGCCAAUGGAUAUCAACCACCAAGGAGGAGUUAAUGUUCCACACUCAGCUGAUGUCACAGAGCACAUUCGAUCAAGCAAUGUAACUGGUUCUGGUGCACGUGUACACUUCAGAUCACCUAUGGAAAAGCAUUUAAGUCCUGAUUAUGCUGUUGACAGGAAUGUUGUGAGUGAUGCACAACUGCCGUCCACUUCUUAUUCACUUGUUGGUGCCUCAAAAAGAAGCACCCCAAAGCUAGUGAUACCCACUGAAGCUUCAAAUCCUGGUAUUGGACACAGCUCCAAGGUUGGCCCUUCAAGUAGUUGGAUUUCAUCGUUGCAGCGUAUUUCUUCUGCAAAGUGAUCAAACGGUAACUUAUCUGGUUCAUUCACUGAUGUGUUUCAUGGCUUCAAAAAUAAAAAAAAUGGAAAAGGCAUCAUUGUGCCAUAAGUUGGACUCUUUCUUAUUGCAGCAAGUGCGUUUAUCCACAUUUUAACCCAUGGUGUUGACUAGAUAUUCACCAGUAUGCCUUUAGCUAUGGAUUUGGUCAAGAAGAACUAGAGUUACAUUAAUGGAGCGGGGAAUGUGUGGUGAUUUGAUGUUAUGUUUUCCAUUAUGUAUCUGGUUGAAAAGUUGCCACUGAUGCACACGUGACGGCUGCAAGUAUGCUGCUAAUUUGAAGAACUGCAUUUAUGAAUGUGAUCUCAAAUUGUUUUUUCUUAAGGUGAAUGCAGACACAUUGGUUGUUAUGUGAAGUACAGAUAUUGAGAGUUUGGUUAGUGUGCUGUACAUAGAUUUCAUGAAUGAUUUAUAGCAUCCUUGUAAUUUAUGAUUCUAUGUAACCCAAGUUAUAUGUGAAAAUUUUAUUUUUCCCCUUCACUAAAUUAUCAGUUUAGCUUUCUUCA